AUGGAAAUUAGUAAAGCACAGGGCUUGGACUUGUUAUUAAUAUUGAAGUGUUCUGGUAUUUCCGGUGAAUAUUUCAUUCAAACUCUUUUUUAUUUUUAUAACUUUAUGCUCUCGUCAUGCUUCGUGAAAAGUUCAAUUGAAUUUAAAGCAGUGCGAGAUCAUAAAUCGAAAUUCAUGAUGAUGUCACAAAUGUUUCAUUUCUUUCUACAAUUUAUUAAUAACAAUAACAAGGAAGAAUCACAUUGUGACAUCAUUAAAAGAAAAAAACCUUUUGGGAAAACCUCAGUUGGAGAAACUACAACUACUGACCCAGAAAAGUAA